ACUCUUGUUACCAGAAUUUGACAUAACAGAUAUCAUUCCUUCAAAAUGCAUAUGUACUGUCUGUACAUUUGGCAGUUCAACUCGUACAACUGAUGGAUGUUUUUUGAAAGACCCCGUUUAUCGACCAAACUCUUCAUUGUGAAAUUGACAUCGAAUUUCAUCAAAAGAAAAUGGCAAGCAUCGUUUUCUCUGAAAUUGGCUGGGAUCAAGGUUUUGCCUUCCCUGUAGCAAACUCAGAGAAUAAGGCGUUGGAGGAGAAGCUUCAAGGGAAACAAAAAGAGAGGGAAACGCUGAAGAACGAAAUCAUUCAGCACAAAGGCGGGAUCAAAGCAAUAUCGGCGUUUCUGAAAAAUGUCAAACAGGAGCUAUCCCACACCCAGGCACUUUGUGCGGCCCUAGGAAAGGAGGCGGAGUCUGAGGUGCAUUUGAAGUCCCUGGCAGAUCGGGAGGUGGGCCACAUGAACCAGGUGAUUGUGAAACUGGACAAGGAGAUGGAUGCUCUGAAGGCAAAGAAGGAAGCACAGGAGAACAAGAUCUCCAUGGCUGCCCAGAAGCUGGAGAAGCUCAUGGGCCAGCUGAACUGGGAUAAGGUCACCCUAGAUGCCUAUCUGGAAGAGUCCGCACGGAAAGACGAGGACACCAUGGCCAUCCUCAAAUACGUCGAGCAGGACAAGUGCAAAAUAAAACUGGUUCCUGAGAUGCACCAGGAGGUCCGGCAUAGGCAAGAGAGGGCCAAGGAGAGGAAGCUGUUCCUGGAGAGGCAGCUGGACAACAACAUCGAGAUUGAGAAGAAGGGCUUGAGUGUGCAGCGGCUGGCCGCAAAACUGAGGGGGGAGUUCCAGAAGAACGAUGGCGAGCGUGCUCGGGUGCAUGACGAGCUUCUUAGCCUGAGAGUCACUGUGGAGAGGGUGGCAACAGAGGUGGAGGCUAAGAGGUCCCAGCUGGCCAGCGUUAAAAAGGACAUCCAGACCAAGCAUAGCAAGAUAAACGCCAUAAAGCUGGAGAACGUGGUUCUAGAUGAGAAACUCAGAGCGGUGAUGGAGACGGUGCUCAGCGCUGACGAGAGGGCCACUCAGAUGGAGCUGAUGCUGAAGGAGGAGGAGGAGAAAAAAAGCGAAAUCGAGGCCCACGUGCACCGGCUCCGUAUGGCACAGCCCCAAGUGAUCCAGGAGCUGCAGGCCCAGAGAGCCAAGGAGAAGAUGAAGAUGGCCGACAUCUCCUCCUGUCGAGGUGCCCUCAACGCCCUCAUCAUCAAGCGCACCAGAGCGGAACAGAGGUCCCUGAACCAGCAGGAGACGAUCAACAGCAAGGACUUCCAGAUCCAGUUGCUAGAGAGGAAGAUUGUGUGCGUGCAGGUGGAGGAGAACAGUUUGCAGAGGCAGGGCCUGCGGUCAGAAGAGCUUAAGCUGGUCAAGGUCCUGGAGCAGGAGAAGAAAACAGCCCACAUGCUGGGCCACCACCUGAAAAGACUUCAGAUUGAGAUCAGCAUUGUGAAAAAGGUGUCUGAGAAGGACGUGGCUGAGAGGAAUGAUCUAAUGGUGAAGAUUGAGGAGCUGAACCUGGUCAAUGACACUUGUAUCAAGGAACUGAAAAAGCUCAGGGCCUCAAAGAAGGAAACCUUGACAGACACUUAUAUCCUUCAACUGGAGUUGCACCGUCUGAGCUCCAUUCUGCAGAACAAGGCAAACCGGGUCCAGUCCCUGGAGAAAGAGAAGACGCAACUACAGGAGACCAUGAAGGAGAGGGAAGCAGCGAUCGUCGUCUACAAAGUGGUGCUCCAAAAGCAGCUCAAAAUGGCGGAACAGGAACGUCAAAACCUCAGCGUGGACAUGAACGAAAAACUGUUGAAAAUCGACAAGUUGAGGAAAAGGUAUGAGGUCAUGGUUCUGUCCAUGGAAUCCCCUGAAAGAGAAGGCUGGUCUCCUGAAUAUUACCUGAUCAAGAUAGAAAAAGAAAAAGAAGAGCUCCAACAUAUGGGGAAUCAACUGGAUGCAAGAAUCUAUAAGAAAGAUGAAGAAAUUCAGGCUCUAGAAAACACCCUGUAUGGCAUCUAUAUGCGGAACGUGGAGUACCGCAGGGCAUUCAACAACAAGUGGAGCAAGGAACAGCAGCAACAGUUGAGACUGGAGAAGGAGAAGAAGAUGGCUGAGGAGAAAACCGCUCAAAUGAGACUGCAGGUCAAAGAACUUCAAGAGGAAAUUCGGGGUAUGAAUGCCAUCCUUGGGAACUCAUUGAAAGAGGAAACAGAGCAACGUGAAAGUCAAGCGAAGAUGGAGAUUCAGAUUGACUGUUUAAACAAAGACCUGGGAAACCAAAAACUGAAGCUGGACAGGGUUUCCAAGCAGUGCUCCAAACUGUCAAGGGAGAUUCGGUCAGUCGCCGAGAGUGAAGGCAAGACUGAGGAAGAGCUAGACAUCGAGGUCCGUGAGCUAAAGGACUUCAGCAAGCAAAUUAACAGCAUGUUGCAAGAGGUCAUAAAGGACAACCCUGACCUGAGAUCAGCACUGGAGGAGCAGUUCCAGGAGGCCAACCUGUCCCUACCAGCACCAUCAUGUAGGUCUUCCAGCCAGCAGUGUCCAAGGACGGUGUCCAUUCGCAACUCUGUAUCUCUCAGGACAUCAGUCUCCGCCAGCAGCAUCGGCCUCAGGAGUUCGGCGAAGCAGUUCCCCUACCUAAAGAAGGUGGACCUGGGACUGCAGCUCAACGUGACCAGCCCACACAAGCCCAACACACCCCCACACAGCGCCAAGAGAAACAGCUCAAGCAGCACCAGAAGUAGCAUUAGCUCACAGCCUUAGGUUUCACCGGGCACAGACAAUGGAUCAAGUCUCCAACCAAAUAACAGAUCUGUUUGCACUAUCAUGUCUGUUUACACAGAACCCCGCCUGUAAGGGUAAAUAACUUUAUUGAGGUUGCUUGUUCUUUAACGUGCAGUGACAGUGUUGUAAUGUUUUGACUGUUUACAAGAAGUACUGUUCCCUUUAUUCUUUCAUAUCAUUUAAAUAUGAACAUAUAGAUGGAUAUACGGAUAUAUAAAUCUUAUUGCAGGUUGUUGUUUGGCUGAAUUAGCAAAACAAUUGGUUGCAGUUGCUGAUCAUUUAUUAUUUUCAAAUAAUUGUUUUGUUCAGUUCAGAUAAAGGACAGGAGAUUGGACAAAUUGUAUUCGUUCCUGUGAGCCGCUUUAAUAAAUUACUCUUAUUCUCAGUCACUAGAGGGUGCAGUGUGACCUAUUCAGGCAAAUUUAUUACCUUUACAACACAGGACAAUCUAUGGCAUGUACAGGACAAACCUUGUGCAUCAAUUCCUUUUUUAUUGCCCUGUUUAUUCAAUGGGUGCUGCUAUGUUCAAAUAGCACUUCAGUACUUCCAUAUGAUGUCAGCCUACUUUUAUAAUGUUGGAGGUUUAACUAAUUUUACAUCAACCUACUAUAUAUGAAUCUAUAUCUUGUUAGUUUCCUAUGCAGUAAAAUGCCCUGUGUUAAUUCAACUCGAACAGAGUACAAAUGACUCCAACUGAGACCAUCUGUUCAAGUUGAUUUACCAAUAAACAUUUUACUGUGUAUGUAAUUCAAUUUUAGAUCAACAGGUCAUUAAUUUAAUUCAUUGAUAUAUGUUCAACACUUCAAGGUACAAGACAUGAAGGAGAUGCACAGUGAUUACAUUUUUUGGUUUCAUCAUAUUUGCCCCAUUUCUUAUUUAUUUCAGUUAAAAAAUCCAACUUUUUAAAUUUGUUGAUUUGGUCAGUUUCUCAGGUCCGGGGCUUAUAUUUUUUCUUGAUUUCCGGAGAGACAUUUUUCAAAAAAAAUUUCACAUUCAGGUAG